GCUGCCGCCGCCCGGGCCCAGCGCACCUACCACGUGGCGCACGUGCUGCUGGCCGCCCUCGCACCCGCCUCCACCCCCGCCACCAACCCCUCAGACCCCGCCUCCACCUCCUCCGCCUCCGCCGCACACAGCACCCGCGCCCUGGAGGCCUGGGCGCUGCUGCACCGGGCGCAGGAGCGGGCGGCGGCGGCAGCGGAGCAGCUGCAGGCGCUACCUGCGGCGGCAGGGGCAGGUGGAGGCGGGGGCAGUGCGGAGGAGGCGGGUGUGGCGGCGGUGCUGGGCGGGGGGGUGCGGGAGGCGCUGGUGCGGGAGAUGAGGGAGCUGGGCGGGCUAGCGGAGGCGUACAAGGCGGUGGCCCAGGCGGAGCUCUCCGCUGCCGACCAGCGUGCGCGGGAGGAGCUUCAGGCGGGGGUGGGCGCCCUCUCCCUGCAGCCAACCGACACGCAGCAGCCCCCCCAGCCCCCCUCACAGCAAACACAGUACCUCCUGGACGCACUGGACCGCUGGGAGAGCUUCGCGGGAGGGGCGGCAGCAGCAGCCGCAGCAGGCGGCAGCGGUACGGCAGGUGCCAAGGCGCCGCCGCGGCUGUACAAGGCACCGUACGGUUUCGGAGCCAUACCCAUUCGUCCCAUCAUGUUGGAUACGGCCAGCAACUGCCUGUCGUACCCCUCCCUGGAGCACAGGGUGCGCAAGGCGGAGAAGAAGUCGGUGCUGUCGUCGCUGUUCGGCUGGCGGCGGUGAAGAAGCGAAGGGAAGGGACGGCGCAUGGGAGUAUGUGGCAAGCUAUAGCAGGGAGGGAAGGUGCUUCGACCGCUGUGAUGGGGGUGUUGUUGUUCGGGUUGGUGCAGAUGUUGUAGUGUGUUGCUGCUGAGGGAGGUUGGGUGGAUGGUGGGAGGGAGGGAGGCACAUGGCGGACGGUCGGUGGGGUUGGUGGGCCAGCAUGGGUGCGUCUUUCGAUACGGGCGCUGGGGGGGAGCACAUGGGCGUUCCUUUCUUUUUGCAUGUUAGGGAAGGCAAGCGCUGGGACAGUGACUUGCUUGGGAGCUGCUGCAGCCCGCUUGGAUCCUCUUUGUGCUCCUUACUUUAGAAAGGCUGGGGGAGCCUGUCGCUGCGUGGCGCGAAGGGGGACGUGCGGGGGUGCGGGGCUGGGCUGCUGCUGCUUCCUCGGUGGGUGAGGACGGUGUGGGCCAAAGGGUUGGUACGCAUGUUUGACGAGCUGUGGGCCGGUUGCCCUGUGUAACUGGCACGACCUGCUGCUUUUGAUUGGUUACUUGCAAUGUAGCCGGUGUUGUAAAGCGGGUACGAUG